UUAGUCGUUCCAAACAAGGCAAGCCCACAUACAGAGCCACAGUUCACUUUGUCAGGAGUACAAUACAACUUAGCGGUUGACUGAUCUUGUGUUAGCUGAUAACAAUGGCCUCCAGGACUCCAGUUCGCUUAGACCCAGUAACAGGCAAAAAGAUUCCACCGCCUGUUUCGCCGAAGCCUGUCAGAAUGACAGCCACACGGUUAACGAAAGCGAAUCCCAGACCGCCACCACCAUCGCUUCAGUCUUCAGGUGGAAUGAAAAGCACUGAAGAAGAACUUGACGCACUAACUGAUCUUCUUGUGAAGAAUUUGGAGAAUACAGGCGAUCCAGACUUUUUCGGAAUGUGCAGUAAAUGUGGGCAGAAAGUCUCAGGAGAGGGGACGGGUUGUACUGCCAUGGAAAAAUUAUUCCACAUCAAGUGUUUCCUCUGUGACAAAUGUGGAUGUCAGCUGACUGGCAAGGUGUUCUACAAAGUGGAAGAGGAAGUGUUUUGUGAGGCAGACUAUCUAGAUACACUGGAGACCUGUUGGGCUUGUAACAAACGUAUCACAGAAAGGAUUCUACGGGCCACUGGGAAAUGUUUUCAUCCAGACUGUUUUGUGUGUGAAGUUUGUAGUAAAAAACUUGAUGGAAUACAGUUCACAGUGGACAACUUUAAUAUAAUCCAUUGCAUUGAGGACUACUAUAGGAAAUACUCUCCAAGAUGUGCAGCUUGCAAUCAGCUUAUAGUCCCUGAAGAGGGUCAAGAAGAAACUGUUCGUAUUGUCUCAAUGAAUAAGGAUUUUCAUGUCAAGUGCUAUGUUUGUGAGGACUGCAGUGCCCCUUUAUCAGCAGAGAAGGGUGGCUCUGGCUGUUAUCCUUUGGACAAUCACCUUCUAUGUCAAGACUGCAACGCAAUCCGUGUUCAGAAGAUGACAGCUGAACUAGAUUCUAGGCCAGCACGGCCUUUGACAACUGAACUAUGAGACCUGUGUGGUUACUAACAAGUAGAAGCUGACUUUGUGAAUGAGGACAAUGUAUUAUCAAUGGUUAUGUUAUUAUAAUUAACUACUUCAUUGUUAACUGGGAAUAGUUGUCAGAAAUUCAUUGUGUCUGCAGUGUCAAGGAACACAAUCUCUGACUUUGAAAUUCAGCACCAGCUUGAUUGUCAUGGAAGAAGUUUCCUUAACUUGUUUGGACUGUUUUUAGAAAUUAGUAUAAGUGAUUUGUUUUCUAAAAGGUUGUAUAGAAAAGUCUUGUCUCAGGGUAAGAAUAAAGCAUUAGUCAGUUGUAAAGGGACUGAACUUUCCUUCUUCUGAUGAAACUUCUUCACCAUGUGAGCUGAUAAAGUGAUUACCCGUCCCGCUGGUUGGGGCUGAACAUUGGUGCAAAUGUUUCUGAAGAAGAAAAAGAGCCUCCUGUUCCUUUACUAAAGCAAUAAAGCACUGAGAUUUUCAUAGGUUUAUUAUGGUUAAAGCAAGUUUGCAGCAGUACACAAAAUUCCUGUUUGGUUGCUACCUGAACAGAAUAUCUGUUAGAUGCUUUCAAUUGUACAAUAAUUUAAGUUUUCGCAGAUUAUAACUAUCACCAGCUGGGAGUUUAUGGCUUGAAAUAGAAUGGCAGAGUAUAAAAAUAGCAAUGAAUAAAUCAAUCAUUGUUCAGAAAUUAUGGAAGUUUGUAAUGCCAUGGUUGACUGUUGUUCAGAGAAAAAGGUUUUGAUAGAAUAUGAAACAAUUUUUUUUGGUGAUUUA